AUUUUGGUUUCUGUUUUGCUACUAGUUUUCCAAGAUCCAGUCAACUCCCUGUCCGCAUGUUUCUGUUUUGCGGCGCGCAGCAUGUUGCUUUGGUUUGGUUUGGUUUGGUUUGAUUUGGCCAACUCAGUUGAACCACGCUUCUUCCUCUGCCUCCCUUGAGAGUCGUGCAGGCAAAGCUCCGCCCGGCUCCUUUGCCCUCCUCCUCCGGCGGUGCUGCCGUCGCGAGCGGGCUCGGGAAAGGAUGCCAGGUCUCCGUUCUGUACAGUAGUUUUAGGAUUAAGUGUGGCGUGAUGCCGAGUAGAAGCAUUGCGUCGGCGCUUACGAGCGGCGCCGGACGCCGUUUAGCUUCGCUUUCCGGCUUCUCUCAGUGGUGGAGAGAAGCCGCGGGAGGCGGAUCUGACUCCAGCUUCUCCAAUAAGCUCGAUCUCAUCCCUGAUUUGGAGGAUGGCCAUCGCUUAGUCCUAUUUUCUCGUUGCUGUCGCGGUGAUGGGAACGGAAAUAGGAAGAGGUGCAGAGCAAGAUUCCCCCGAUAAGGCUGGUGCAUAUUCUAGUCGGUGCUUGGGUUGGAGCUACGGCGCGCACUGUUGCUGCCUGUCUCUGCCGCCUCUCCGGCGAUCUUUCUGGCCGAAUGGCGGCCCCGUGAAGCCAUGGUGUCUGCGCUGGCUUCGUUUCUUUCUCCCGGCUUAAUGCCUUUAGGGAGGCAGCUAUUCAGCUUCGGUAGCUCCUUGCUCCUUGUUUAUACCAGUCCGGAUGGACGAGGGAAUCAUCGCAUUGGAGCGUAUAUUUGACGGAGGCAGCAAACCAACAGAUCUAAAGUUAUCAGCUCUACAGAGCAUCACCGGAAAUUUCUCUCAAGAGCGAAUAGUUGGUACGGGUGGAUUUGGAACCGUUUACAAGGGUGUCCUUCGAAAUGGAGAAGUUGCUGUCAAGAGGAUAAAGAACAACCAUACAAUAGAUGAGAAGUUAUUUCGUCGGGAGGUUAACAGCUUAUUACAUGUCAGCCAUAAGAAUAUAGUUCGGUUUCUUGGCUUCUGUUCUCACACAGAACAUAAAGCAUUCGAAAAUGAAGGAUCAAGAGAUUACAUUUACGCCGAGGAUAGAGAAAGAAUAAUCUGUUUUGAGUACAUCAACAAUGGAAGUCUUGAAAAAUAUAUUACAGAUGAAUUAAGAGGGCUUCAAUGGGACACUCGAUAUUUCAUAAUAAAGGGAAUAUGCGACGGUCUGCACUAUCUUCAUAGGGAAAAACAAAUUAUUCAUAUGGAUCUGAAGCCAGCGAACAUAUUACUAGAUCAUAAUAUGGUAGCCAAAAUAACUGAUUUUGGCUUAUCGAGAAUGGAGGAAAAUGCACAAACCAAAAGUACAACCCGUGUUUUUACAUCAGGAUACGCCGCUCCAGAAUACAUAGACGAAGGCAAAAUGUCAGUCAAGUAUGAUGUGUAUAGCUUGGGAAUCAUAAUAAUCGAACUGGUGACAGGAGAUAGGAGGAUUCCAGAUAUUAGAAAUGUACUUAGAAGAUGGAGGCACAGAUUGCAUAAAUCAGGGAAAGAAACACCACUCAAAUACCGACAGAUAGAUAAACUCAUCAAGAUUGGGCUACUCUGCCAGGAGAAGGACCCCUGUAAGAGGCCUUCUAUAUCAGAUAUAAUAUAUGUUAUCAAUGAACUGGAAAGCACAGAUAGGAAAAUCAGCAAUGCGAACGAAUCUACAAUAGGGCGAAUAAGCCCCUACUCGGAGGAUGACAUGCUUGGGGUUGAGCCGCUCGAGUUACGCUUUCCUUUCGAGCUCAACAGUCAGAUAUCAUGCUCACUUGAGCUAACAAAUGAGACAAAUGCUUUUAUUGCAUUCAACAUCCAGACGACGAGCCCCCUGCCAUACCGCAUACAACCAAAUAAAGACAUUGUGGCUCCACAAUCGAAGUAUAGUGUGAACAUAGCAUUGCAACCACUAGACAAGACACCACAAGAUAACUAUACUGGUUAUUUUAUCAUCUGGAGCACCAAAGUGAAUGGGGAUCUUAUAACUGAGGACAUAACUGAAGAUAUAUUCAAAAGAGAGGAGGGUAAAUUGGUGGAUGAGGUUAAUUUGACAAUUACAUAUAAGGCCGAGGAAUCCCAAGUGGAUGUGUCAGUUGGGUCACCUAUAAUUUCAGACAUGAGAGAUAUGCACGGUCCACAAGUAUCCAAUGUGCUAUCAACCGAGGCGGAUUCCAAGACAAGUGCAUCUACCUCAGAUGAGGAGAUCCAGUUUGAUCCCCCGGAGCUCCGCUUUCCCUUGGUGCCAGAUAAAAAGGUGUUAUCCUCCGUCAAAGUAAUCAACAAUACAGAAUUGUAUAUCAGUAUAGCCUUAUCUUCUCCAGAAGGUAACUCGGCAGCGUACUCCCAAAGCUGUCCCAGAUCGAUCAUGCCACCACGGUCCACACAAUGGCUCACAGUAAUAAGAGAAGAAAAGGAAAAUGAACAAUGGUUCAAACAAUGGCUCAAACAAUGGCUCGAUGACCAAGUCUCCGUGUGGUAUGCAAUUGUGGCCGAAGAUAUCAAAGUCUCCGACCUUGAUUGGAAGGAUUACAACGAAUAUAAGAAGUUGCCUGUCGUUCUAACAAAGACAAACUCUUCUUGUACCACCUCAUCAAAUGAGCUGAUCCAGUUUGAUCCACCCGAGCUAAGCUUCCCUUGCCCCCCGAACAAGGCUUCACUCUGCUCGGUUAAUAUAGUCAACAUUACAGAUUACUACAUUGGUUUCAAUAUUUGCCGUUUGAAGGAGUUGUCUGGGUGCUACGAGACAGAGACACGUCGAGAGAUUCUGGCACCACGGUCCACUCAAAGAAUGCUUGUAAAAUGGGUACCCAAUGAAGAGGACAUUAAGUGCAAAAAAAGCAUACUUUUGUGGAACAUGAUUGUGGCUCAAGGUGUCGAAUCCUGCAGCUUGAAGGGUCACUGCAGUGCUAAAGACAACAAGGAGUUGCCCUUCAUUUUUAACAAUAAUAACAUAAGUAGCCCUGCAGGUACCUCAACCUCAGGAGACGAGGUGAUCCGAUUGGACCAUCCUGCACGGCUCGUCUUUCCGCGAAACCACACAGGCUUGUCCACAAUUAACAUUGUCAACCUCACCGAUUACUAUGUUGGUUUUCAUCUGUUUAUUAUGCCUGGAAGAGAUGAGGCCGUGACCUACCAUCUGGUUACUGAAGUAGGAAUUUUAGCACCACGGUCUGAUCAAAGACUCGUCGUAGCAAGGCUAAUAAAUGAAAAGGAAACACAAGAUACACAGUACAACGACGACAAGCUCUUUAUAUGGAAUGCCAUUGUCAGUGAAGGCGUCAAAGUCAGCGACCUCGAUUUCCAAGGAACGACGACAAGCUCUUUAUAUGGAAUGCCAUUGUCUCUGGAGAUAGAGCUGAGCAUGGAGUUGCCCUUAAUUCUUACUAAGACAAGCUCAACCGAGUUGGUUCAGUUUGAUCCUCCCGAGCUCAGCUUUCCCCUGUUGCCAAACCAGAUAGUGUUGUCGUCAACUAACAUAGUCAAUAUUACAGAUCAGUACAUCGGUUUCGGUGUAUGCACCAAGGAAAGCAAUUCAGCAUGGUACAACGCAAAUCCGUCGCAAGGAAUUUUGCCACCACUGUCCACACAAGUAAUCCUGGUAAAGAGGAUAGCAAAGGGAAAGGAACCAGAAGACACUGAGUGCAAAGGCAAGUUUUUGGUGUGGAGCGGCAUUGUAACUGAAGAUCCGAAAGCCAGAGAUAUUGAUAACAUGUCCGAGACAAAGUGUACCAAGUUGCCCAUUGUUCUUACACAGACAAGUUCAUCUAUCUCAGAGGAGUUGAUCCAGUUUGAUCCACCAGAACUUCACUUUCCCACUUUGCCAAAAAAGAAGGUGUUGUCCUCAAUUAAGAUAGUGAACCUUACAGAUUACAAUGUUGGUUUCAAGACAUACAGCAGGCCAACAAAUAGGGCAUGGUACCACACAGAGCCACCGGGAGGAAUCCUGCCACCACGAUCCACACAAAAACUUAUGGUAACAAGAGAAGAAAAGAAAGAUGCAUUAAAAUAUAAGCAGUUCAAUGAAAAGUACUUUGUGUGGACUGGCAUUUUAUCUGAAGGUGUCAAAGACAGCGAACCUAGUGAUUACACGGAUGAACAAGAGAGCAAAGAGGUGCCCAUUGUUCUCGACAAGAUAAGCUCAUUAACCUCAGAUGAGCUGAUCCAGUUGGAUCCCGCGGAGCUCUGCAUACCCCACUUGCCAAACAAGCAAAUUAAGUUCAUAGUAAAUGUAGGCAACACUACAUAUUUCUACGUUGCUUUCAAUGUAUAUGUCAUCAGCAGGAAUGCAACGCGGGACAAGGAAUCAAUAUCGAAAGGAAUCCUGGAACCACGAUCCACUAAUAGACAAAUGCUACAUUGGACAAUUGAUGAGACGGAUGAUAUCUUUGUGUGGAGCCGUGUUGUGACUGAAGGUGUCGAAAGCAUAGACAUCACCGGUUACAUGGUUGAGGAAGAGAGUAAGAAACUGCCCUUUAUUAUUGUUAAUAAGGCAAGCCCGACAUGUAGCUCAAAGGAGCUGAUCCAGUUUGACCCGCUUGAGCUCAGCCUCCCCUUGAUGCCAAACAAGCCCUUGGUUUUUUCAGUUAAUGUAGUCAACAGUACAGACUACUAUGUUGGUUUUCGUACACAUAACCUAGAAACAAAUGUGGCCCUGUACUACCCAUAUCGUUGCGGUGCAGUUAUGCCACCAGGGUCCACUCAAAGGCUCGUUGUAAAAAGGGUACCAAAGAAAAAGGAAGACAUGCAAUGCCAAGACGAUAAGUUCCUUGUAUGGAGUUGCUUAGUGAGUGAAGGUACCAAAGCCAUCGACCUUUAUGACUGGCCCAAAUACGAAGGGGGUAAGGAGUUGCCAAUUGUUUAUACUAACAUGACAAGCAGCUUAUGCAACUCAGAUGAGUUGAUUCAGUUUGAUCCUCCACAUCUCCAGUUCACAUUCCUUUCCAACAUGAGGGCGUCCAUGUUGCGCUUGCUUAAAAUAGUCAAUGUUACAGAUCACACUGUCGGUUUCAAUACAUUGUCUCGUAAAGAAAAUUCCGCGUCGUACAGAAUAGAACCGCAUGCAGGGAUCCUGUCACCACAGUCCACCAAAGUAAUCAAGGUAAGAAGGACCCUAAAGGAAUAUGAAACGGAAGACAUGCAAUGCACAGACAAGCUUUUUGUGUGGAAUGGUUGUGACUCAAGGUGUCAACGUUAGCGAUGUCCAAUUUCUCGGGGGGGAUGAAGAUAAAGAGUUGCCCAUUGUUCUAACAAAGCAUGGAGAAAGCAGUUCAAGGUAGAAUCGGCAGCAUGGUCGAAUCUCUUGGACGUAAAGGCUUGACAAGGGGUGCUCAACUUGAUUUCAACGGGAACUGCACAAAAUGUUCAUGAAUACAUCGAAUCAUUCAUUUCCACCACAAGAAAGGAGGUGCCCUUAAGUUCAAG